AUGAAUAUAGUUGCCAAGUGGCCAGGUGCAACCCAUGAUGCGUUCAUCUGGGCUAAUUCUAACAUUAGUGAAAUGUUCGAAAACCGAACAAUAGGACACGGGUGGCUGUUAGGUGACAGUGGAUAUCCACUGAGGCCUUGGCUUCUCACACCUGUUCUUAAUCCAGGGACAAGACAACAACAAGGAUACAACGAAGCACAUAUGCAGACAAGACGCAUUGUGGAGAGAAGCUUUGGUUUGCUGAAAUCGCGUUUCCGGUGCAUAGACACAAGUGGUGGCACACUAUUGUAUACCCCUAAGAGAUGUUGUGACAUUGUCAUCGCUAUUGUUGUAUUGCACAACAUUUGUAUAAUACAUAGACUUCCAUUACCUGCAGACAAUUUUGAAGACCGUGGACGUCUUGGCAGACAACACUACAAUGGUAAUUUGAACGACGGAGCUGCUGUGCGUCAGAGACUGAUUAAUGGCAGAUUUUGA